ACUACUCAGUGCUCCGCUCUAAAUCUGCUCAUUGGAUCGGAGACAACCACUCCUGCUAUCAACGCACUGGUUCGAGAUAUCACCAUUGAAAGUUCUACGCCUAACCGGACAGUUUUGCGCGAUAUGCGGCGACAAAGGGCUGAAGGUCUAUUGGCUUCAAAUCAGGCAAAGCAAGACGCUCGUGUCAAUACGAAUAGAAAAGCACCUAGGUCUUUUACUGUGAACGAUUUGGUUUUCGUUAUAAAAUCAUCCCAAUCCACAGAUAAGCUUGAUAGUGGCAUGCGGGGUCCAUAUCGCAUCAUUAGAACGCUGUCUAACAACCGGUACGAGCUGCAGUUGAUAGCGGGCUCGUAUGGCAAGACUACACAGGCGGCCGCGGAGUAUAUGAUGCCCUGGAAUGGCGAAUGGACCCCGGAAACCUGCUCUGCCUUCUUUGAUUGUGUAGAAGACCCGAUUGUGGAGGCAGUGCCAGAGCUACGACAAGAGCCACAGCCGGGACCAAGCCGCUGUGCGCCACACCCAGGCCAUAGGCCAGCCGAGGAGAGCAGCGAGGACGCAGCUCCGUCAGGAGAGGCCGUGUUAGCGGCAUCCCCUACUCAUAUGGCAACACCGACGACCGAAGCUAUAUAAGGACGCUCCAACCAACACUUGCCCUCUUUUUUAUUCUUUCGUUCGAAGCGCGCGCUCUUAAGAUUACGUUCAUUUCUUUUGUAAAUUAUAAUUUUGUAAAAUAUAUCCGAUUUGUUUUGUGCCGUGUUUUGUGUCGUUUUUUUUUAAAUAAAUUUGU